AUGCAUGCAUGCAUGCAUGCAUGCAGCAGCGGCCCCCAAGCUGCGCUGCACAGGGCUCAAAACGCAUUGUUUCUUUUUAUCUUUAGUGUGCGCUGGGCUGCAGGGCCUUCUGCGCAUGCACACUCUUUGAGGCUACACAGAAAGUCGCAGCGAAUCUCCCCAAACAAGAAAGCCCCUAAGGGGCCCCCAGGGGGGCCCCCCUGGGGGCCCCCAAGGGGCCCCCAGGGGGGCCGCUGGGGUCCUCAGGGGGCCCCCAGGGGGGCCCCCGGGGAGCAACGGGGAUCCCCAGGGGGCCCGCUGGGGACCUCAGGGGGCCCCCAGGAGGGCCCCAGGGGAGCAACGGGGGCCCCCAGAGGGGCCCCUGGGGAGCUCAGGGGGCCCCCAAGGGGGCCCCUAGGGAGCUCCGGGGGGCCCCUGGGGGCCCCCCGGAGCUCCCUAGGGGGGCCCCUGGGGGCCCCUGGGGGCCCCUGGGGAAGCCCCGGAGGAGGCGCUAAGGGGGCCUCUGAGGAGCCCCGGCGGGCCCCCAAAGCUCCCCGGGGGCCCCCAAAGGGGCCCCAGGGGAGCUUUGGGGGGCCCCUGGGGAUGUACCAGUGGGGGCCCCAUGAUCCAUUGGAGGGCCCCGGGGGGCCCCGGGGGGCCCCAAGGGGGCCCCCGGGGGGCCCCCGGGGGCCCCCUGGGGGCCCCGGGUACUUCCGUAGAAGUUGCUGCCAGGAAGUAGCACAGAGAACAGGUUUUUUCCAGGAUAGGGCCCCCGGGAGUGCGCAGCAAAUGGGUGGGGGUGCUGCAGCAGCAGCAGCAGCAGCAAACACCCCGGCAGGUGGCUGCUGUUGCAGCAGCAGCAGCAGCAGCAAACGCGCCGACGGGUGCCUGCUGCAGCAGCAGCAGCAAACGCACCGGCAGCUGGCUGCUGCAGCAGCAGCAGGCAGCUGCCGAUACACCGCAACUUACACUUCUCUAAACGUACUCAUCGAAACCCUAAAAAGGGUUUUUGAGAGGGUUUGUUGUGGCGGGGUCUAG